AUACACUCCCAUAAGUCAUAACGGAGGAGAAUAGAUAUUCAACUGUGUGUGUGUGUGUGUGUAAUGUAUGAUUAGGAAAGGCUUAACCAAUAAACAUCUAAAUCACAUUCAAACCACACAGAAUCUCCAAACCUCAAGGGUGUAGCCAAAUCCCAACAGCAGAAGCACCAAAUCCAGCACUGAAAUCCUCCGCCAUGGAUGCUCUUCGAUUACUCUUGAUUCUUUUCCUCAUCCCCGCUUCUGCUGCCGUUGACUCCGGCGAUAAGGUCAGCUUCGAUGUCUACUACGAGAGUCUCUGCCCUUACUGUUCCAACCUCAUCGUCAACUACCUCUACAAGCUCUUCGAUUCUGACCUCAUCUCCAUCACCGAUUUCAAGCUCGUCCCCUACGGCAACGCUAAAAUCAGGCCUAAUGGCACCAUCACCUGCCAGCACGGCCCAAAUGAAUGCUUAUUGAACACUGUGGAGGCAUGUGCUAUUGAUGUCUGGCCUGAUGUGAAGGUUUAUUUCCCCUUUGUCUAUUGUGUUGAAAGUCUUGUAUACCAUCACAACUAUACCCAUUGGGACACAUGUUUCGAGAAAUUGGGUUUGGAUGCCUCUCCUGUGGCUGAUUGUUAUAGCGGUGAGCGUGGAAGAGAGCUUGAACUAAAAUAUGCGGCUGAAACAAAUGCACUUGACCCACCUCAUAGAUAUGUACCAUGGGUCGUUGUGGACGGACAACCACUUUAUGAUGACUACCGAGACUUCAUAAGCUAUAUCUGCAAAGCAUAUAAAGGAACUGACCCGCCAUCUGCUUGCACUGAAUCAUCUGUCGGAGGCAUUUGGAAGGUGAAAAUGAAUACCAUCCAAUCUCUCUACGGACAAGAAACAGUCAUGUCAAAGCUGUUCCGCGCAGGACAAGCUAUAGUAUCAUGGCUGCAGGGCAACAAAAUAGUGGAUUGGUUUUAGAUCAUGUUAAAGUAAGGUCGUAUAGCAUGUUGGUAUUUAGGUUUUUGCAUUGCUUUUAAAAAACCAGAGGCCUUUAUCCUUGGUUAAAGGGCGUACUCUUACAGCUAGAGGGUGAAGGUAGUGUAACACUGAUAAAUCCAUAAAGCUUGUUUCCAGUGUUUGUUAGUACCUUGCAGUAUGUAUUUUCUUGAACAAUUAGUAUAUGUAAGAUCCGUUGCUAUGGAAUAAGUGAAGCAUCAAAUGGAAUGUUGGAUCCGAA